AAUCUCUAGGGUAAGUGUCAGGCAACUUGGUCAUAAUGGAGGCAUCCUUGACCGAAGAGCUGGAUGAAGAGGAGCAGCUCGUGAGAAGGCAUCGCAAGGAGAAGAAGGAAUUGCAAGCUAAAAUUCAGGGUAUGAAGAAUGCUGUUCCCAAGAAUGACAAAAAGAGAAGGAAGCAACUCACUGAAGAUGUUGCAAAGUUGGAAAAAGAAAUGGAACAGAAGCAUAGAGACGAACUGGAGCAACUGGAGCUGGUUGCCAAGGAGAACAAGAUAGAUUCUGUUCCUGUUAACAUUACAAACCUGGUACUUGAGAAUCAGCCACCUCGGAUAUCAAAAGCACAAAAGAGACGGGAAAAAAAAGCAGCACUGGAAAAGGAGUGGGAAGAAAGAAUAGCUGAAGCUGAAAUUGAGAAUUUAUCUGGAGCCAGACAUAUAGAAAAUGAAAAACUUGCUCAAAUAUUGGCAGCCAGAGAGUUAGAAAUCAAGCAGAUUCCAUCUGAUGGCCACUGUAUGUAUAAAGCCAUUGAGGAUCAACUGAGAGAACAGGACUGCACUCUGACUGUGGCUGCUCUACGAAGUCAGACAGCUGAGUAUAUGCAAAGCCAUGUGAAUGACUUUUUGCCGUUUUUAACAAACGCUAAUACAGGACAUAUGUAUACCCCAGAGGAGUUUGGAAAAUACUGUGAUGACAUUGUGAACACAGCUGCGUGGGGAGGUCAGCUUGAGCUAAGAGCUCUAUCUCACAUUUUACAGACACCUAUAGAGAUAAUACAGGCAGAUUCUCCUCCUAUUGUAAUUGGUGAAGAAUAUUCUAAAAAGCCAUUAACGCUUGUAUAUAUGAGGCAUGCAUAUGGCUUAGGAGAACAUUAUAAUUCUGUUACAUGUGGCUUUCUCCCAUCACUGCUCAGCAGCUGUGCUUUCCAGUCAACUUUUUCCAGAAGCCUCUCUUUAUAUUAUAUAAAUUAAGAAUUUGAAGAAAAAAAAAAAAAAAGAAUUUGGCAGUGUAAAUGGCCAGGGUCACAUUGCCUUCACAUUCUUCCUUUUUCCAAUUUGUUUUACAAGAUUGCUGCCUUUUUACUCAUUCUCUAGUAUUAAUGUCAUUUUUCUUUUCAAAUAUUUGAAAAAUUUUAUGUUGCAUGUAUGGGUACAGUUGGAAAGCCAAGAGCUGUAUAGUAAGAUCAGUAUACAAUGAUGUGCUGUGUGAAUGACUUGUCUGAUGCAGAUUCCAGAUAGCUUAUAACAGUAUUCUCAGAGCAGAGUCCCUAUCUAUGCAAAUGUAUUUGAUAAUUUGUUAUGUAAAAAAUUAUGAAAAUGAG